AUGAUUUGCACUGAAAACUACGUAAAUCUCUAUUUGGAGGGACCCUUACUUAAAGUGUUUGAACAGCGCAAAAGAGGCCGACAGACGUACACCCGCUACCAAACACUUGAAUUGGAAAAAGAGUUUCAUUUCAAUCGUUACUUAACCCGAAGACGGCGUAUAGAAAUAGCCCACGCGUUGUGUCUCACAGAAAGACAAAUUAAAAUAUGGUUUCAAAACAGACGAAUGAAGUGGAAAAAGGAGAACAAAAACAAAAUUGACCAGGGAAUGCCUAUGGGACCUGGUGGUGGACCCUGUGAACUAACACCACACCAUGAUAAUGGCCAUAGAGGUGGCGUAUAA